AAAUGUUGCUCUUUAUUUUUGGAAACCAAAAUACCGGUAAUCAAUCAGCUUGCAUCGGCUGUGGCUGUGUGGCGUGGCUUGUCAUUACCAGCUGCCUGCAGCUAUGACUGGACGACUGCGAACCUUCACCGACAGCUGCAGCUAUCUUAUCUUGCGUUGCCUUUUAUGAUUUACCCCUCAGACCUCUCCUUGGCUUUCUUUGAAUGUAUUUUGCUGUCCCAGAGUCCAACAUGUCUGCAGUAUGGAUCCUCAUUUCUUCUCUGCUUUUCAAGGAGGGUCUUGCGCUGUCAGGGAGCUUUUGGCAUAUCACCGAUUUGCAUUGGGAUCCAACGUUUAAACUAACGGAGAACCCAGAGUCAGUGUGUGCGUCCAGCGGAAAACGACCAGCGCCUGGUGCUGGUAUAUUUGGAGACUAUGUGUGUGACUCACCCUGGCACCUGAUCAACUCUUCUGUUUACGCCAUGAAGCAUAUUCUACCAGAGCCGGACUUCAUCGUAUGGACAGGUGACGACACACCGCAUGUACCAAAUGAGGAUCUAGGAGAGGAGGCAGUGGUCAGCAUUAUCAGCAACCUUACUCAUAUCAUAAAGGAGGUUUUUCCAACUACUAAAGUGUACUCUGCUCUGGGUAACCAUGACUACCACCCCAAGAGUCAGCUACCUCCAUCAGCAAACUCCAUCUAUGACAGAGUAACAGAAAUGUGGCGAGAUUGGUUGAAUCCACAGUCUGAAGAAAUGUUUAGAAAAGGUGGGUUUUACACCGAAAAGCUGCUUAACCGAACAGGCUUUAGGAUUCUGGUCCUCAACACUAAUCUCUACUACGACCAGAACAAGGUGACCCAGAGCACGGAUGACCCAGCAGGCCAGUUUAGCUGGAUGGAUUGGACUCUUACAGAGGCAGCCAACAAAAGCGAGAAGGUGUACCUCAUUGGCCAUGUUCCUCCUGGUUUCUUUGAGAAGAAACGAAACAAGCCGUGGUUCACCUCAAAGUUCAACAAACAAUAUCUGGACUUAAUAGAGAAGCAUCAUUGUGUCAUAGCAGGGCAGUUCUUCGGCCAUCACCAUACUGACAGCUUCCGCAUGUUCUACAGCGCAGAAGGUGUGCCCAUCAGCACAAUGUUUCUCAGCCCAGGGGUAACCCCAUGGGAAACGACACUUCCUGGAGUCUCGAAUGGAGCCAACAACCCUGGGAUUCGUGUGUUUGAAUAUGACACGGAAACACUCCUAGUAAAAGAUGUGGUGACAUAUUAUCUAAACCUCACGUACGCUAACACCGUCACGGAGCGCUGGGAAAAAGAGUAUCGCCUCACAGAGAGUUUCCGAGUAGCAGACGCCUCUCCGGCCUCCAUGCACCUGGUCCUGGAGCGAAUGGCUGCAGAUCCCUGCUACCUGCAGAAGUACUAUGAUUUCAACUCAGUCAGCUAUGACCUGACGAACUGUGACGGCGACUGCCGUGUUGAUCACGUAUGUGCAGCAAGAGAAGUAGAUUUUGACAGGUAUGAGGAGUGUCUGGUAAAAGAGGGAGUGGAUUCUAUUAAAGGUGGGCUGCUGCUGCUGGUCCUUUCUGUGGGUGUGAGCAUCACAUCAGCAGCCUUGCACUAAAUAUGAUUUCUUAAAGAUUAGGGAUGAGCCGGAUACUGGUUUCAGACGAGUAUCCGGUACGGAUAAAGCAUUUUUGACGAAUACGAGCAUGACUCGAGUAAACCUCAUAAAUAUCUGUAAUCGUGCUGAAGGAAAAUCCUCAUUGGGUAACUGACUGUCUUCACGCUCUGUGAUUGGCCAGUCACAUAGAGCUCCCGCCCCUCCCUACACACAAAACUCUCUAGCCGCCGGGAGCGCAGUCCGUCCGGCUCAUCCACACACACAGACAGUAACGGAUCUCGCUGUGAUUGUUUCACUGUUGCUCACGUUUCUUCAGUUUUCCCUAGGUUUUCUUCAGCUCGCCUCUUUUUCGGUUGAAUAUUUAAAGUUACUUUUUUUCGUAACUUACAUGGUGCAUUUGACAAGACAGAUCUGACGUGCUGCAUCAGUCACUAACUCCGCUCCGGUUGGUUUUUUAUUCUUUUUAACUCUCUCUCUCUCACACACACACACACACACACACACACACACACACACACACACACACACACACACACACACACACACACACACACACACACGCACACACACACAUGCACACGCACACACACCUCAAUCAACAUUGUUUUGUUUAACUUUGUGAGGGAAAAUGCCAAGAACGUUAAGAAAAAGAUCAGUUUAAUCAAAUUAAAAUUAAAAAUAUAUAUAUAAAGUUGUGUCUGGUUCUAGCAUUUCAUAUUUCCUAGUUCCUACUGCAUGAGUUCAGAUGUAUUAAUUCAUGCACUUAAAUAUUAAUGUUCUGAUUUUAUUGAAACACUUGUUUUGUAAUAGUUUCUUUACUAUUGUGAUCAAAAAUAUUUAAUCUCUAUUCUGAGGCUGCUCUGUAAAUAGUUUUCAAAUAAACAAUACACAUAGCAACUUCUGAUCAAUCCAUAUCAAUUUCAGACUUAAAAUAAUAUAUUGAUGUAAACCACACCCACUUCUGGUUAAACCACGCCCACUUCCGGGUUAUGCCUUGCCCAUUCCGAGUACAGAUACAGAUCAUUUUGUUGGUUGAACAGAUACAGAUAGUGGUGUACUCGCUCAUCCCUAUUAAAGAUCAUCGGCUCUGUCUUGCACAGCCCUUCUCCUUGUUUUGUGAGACUGUUUUAAUAAUUCAGUUUAAAGGGGACAAAUUAUGCUAAACUCUUUGGUGCUGCCAUGUGGAUCUCUACUGCCUCUAUAAACUCUCCAAACAUCCGUCCAUCUGUUUUCUGUCCACGUUUGGUUUGGGGAAUUAUGUGCCUAAAACAAGCUGUUUCAAAAAGUCCCCGUUUGUGACAUCACAGACUAAAAAUAAGAUAACGUUCGACGGCUUCUGCUGGAGGAACAGCAGCUCUGCUCAGAGCCCCUCAGAGAUCAGUUUCUCCGCCUUUAGCAGCAUGAAUGUGGGUGGGUGGGCGUGGCCAGCUCCCGCCUGGUUUUCUUAAAGUGACAGAGACCUGAAACUGCUCAUUCUGGAAGGUACUGAAAAUGUUAAAAGUAAAACUGCUGAAAUUGCUUUAUGUGAACAGGUUUUUGUUUAAAGAACUUCAUAAAUGUGUUUUGUGACCACAAAACUAUUAUAACUUUAGAACAAAAUGUUGUGAUGUCCCCCAGGGGUGGUCCUAGACCAGUGUUUCCCUGGUCCGCAGGGCACACUGACCUGCAUAUUUUCCGUGUCUCUGCUUCAGCACACCUGAUUUACAUAUUUGCAUUGCCUCUUCAGGAGGACAUUAAGUGCUGCAGAUGCCUGCUAAUCAUUCAUUUAAGCUAGGUGUGUGGGAACAAGGAAACACUGAUGUUUAAAAGGGCAACAUGGAAAACAGGCAGGACAGUGUGUCUUGAGGACCAGGGUUGGGAAAUACUGUCCUAGACCAUGUGGCACCCUAGGCAAGCUCAGGCAGUGGCGCCCAGCUACUUUGCAUCGCUGUCAUGAUGCAGAGCACAGUCUCUCCUGUCUGUCGGGUCUCCGUGAGGAGGAAGUGGGGGGUUUUGGUACCAUAAUGCUUCUUAAAAAUUCACGGACAUCAUAAGUGAAAUCAUGGCACAUAAGCAGAAUUGGGAAAUAAAAAUUUUAGCCCCAUUGACUUGCAUUAAUUUGAUCAUUCUUACGGUGACCCAUAGUCUGGAAGUAGAUGGGCGUGACUAAAGCCUGGGGCACACUGGAGGCAGACGUGGGGAAAAUAUAGGGAAUGGGGUUGGAAAAAGGGGUAAAAUAGGGAAUUUCCCAGCCAAAAUGGGACACUGGGCAGGUUUGCAGGUAGUGUAAAAACUGGUGGAGACACAACAGAAUGACGUGACGCCCUCGUUGCUACUUAACUAGAUAACAUGACGAUACUUUAGCUACUGCUGGCGCCCCGCUCUGGAUGGUGCCCUAGGCGGCAGCCUAGUUCGCCUGAAGGAUGAACCGGCACUGAUGUCCCCUUAAAAAAUGUUAUCCCUGACUCAAAAGCUGUUAAAAGUCUGUGUAAAAUGAAACUGUUGCUUCAUCUAUUCAUAAACUAACACCAGGGAAGGGUUAAAUAUUGUAAAACCUGUUUUAACUGAAAUAUUUGUCUUAUUACCACUACGUUGUGUCUGCAUUUAGCAGAAGCAACAGGAUUUGUUACUGAACAUUACAGAAAAAGUCAUCUAACCCAUUAUCGCCUGUGGCUGUAUAACAGCUUACUAAGCUUUUAUCCACAGCCAGUAAACUCAACACUUUAUUGUAGAGAAAACAUUGAAGAUGACAAACUUAGAGCUUGAGGACACGUUUAUUGACAGCAAGCUUGUGCUCUGUGAUUGGCUGACAUUUUCAAAGCACUGUGAUGUUCAAGUGCAUCAUUUCAGAGGCUUGGUUGAUGAAAUCGGUAGUUACAUGAUAAGAACAUAUUUGGUGGAGGUAAAAGGCUGCAUGGCUGCUUCCAGAGCCUUCUGAUAGUCCUGGAGAUGCACCUCGGUGCAGGCUGGGGCUGUGAGCUUCCCCUGCAGGAUGAGGGAGCACAGCUCAUCCAGCAUGCGUCUAAAUGCUUCACCAUCUACACAAAAGGAAACACUCUAAUUCAAACAAGCGUUUGGAGAUAUUUGCUUUUUGUAAAUGAGAUAAUAGAACACCAACAUACCGUGAGAUUGGUCUCUCUUCCACUGUGUGACCCAGAAACCUCGAACUUUCACAUCCUUGAAGAUAAGAGCGCUCUGGAAACAGCAAAUUUUCCAAGUGUAAAUUAAACAAAGUUACAAAAUAGCUUUUAUGACAAAUCUUAAAUCAGGGAGAAUUGUUGACUCUCUCACCAAGUUUAGACAUAAAUUCUCAGAUUUUUUGGCUGGUUUUUAGUCUCUUUUAAAGUCCAAUGGUAUCAUCCUUUGUUUUUAAGGGGACACGUUAUUCAUUAUUUGAAGUUAUAAUAAUUCUAUAGUCGAUACAAAACAUGCUUAUGAAGUUCAUGGCAUUAAAGUCCUCUCACGUAAAGCCAUGGACACAGGGGCGCCUCCAGAAAAUGUUGAUGGGGUGGCCAGACGUGGCCAAAGAAAUUAUUGGGGUGGCCCAUCAAAUUGGUCCUUGUGGUAACUCUGGGAGAGUUUAGCCUGUGGCGAUGCACCUCAUUGCUUCAUUACUCAUUCUUAUUAAAAAAUAAAUAAAUAAAUAAAUAAAUAAAUGUGUGAAUCAAAAUACUUCUUUAAAAUUCACGGACAUCAUAUGUGAAACCUAUGGCACGUAACAAGCAGAAAAUAGUGUUUUUAGCCCCACUAACUUGCAUUCAUUUUUUCUUUCUUCUGGGGACCCAUGGUCCGGAAGUAGAUGGACGUGACUUAGGCUCCCUAUAGAAAACAGGGAUCAACCUCAACACAAGUGGUUGUUUUCCACCUGGUCCUAGUGCUCAACCAGUGUCUAUUUAAUAUAGCGUAAUAUUGUUUUUGGAUAGUAAAAGGUGCAGGGGACAAAAAUUGACUUUGGAAAAGGGGGAGGGGGGAUGCCCCCCCCCAAAAAAUGAUGCCCAUGAGUAAAGCGAUUUCAGCCGUUUUAUUCUAGACAGUUUCAGGACUUUCCAGAAUGAGCUGUUUCAGGCCCUUGUCACUUUAAGAAAACAAGCUGGCCAAGCCCACCCAUACCCCACUCGGGCUGCUAUAAGCUGAGAUGCUCCAAAAUCACAAGAGAAAGACAAAGAUAGCUUUUGUUAAUAUAGCACAUUUCUUACACAAAGGCAACUCAGUGUGCUUUACAGCAGUAAAUUACGGAGGGGAUGUGAGUAGAGCUGCUGCUCCUCUAGAAGAGAAGGGCUUAUAUGGCAUUUUUCACAUUUGUGACAUCACAAAUGGGGACUUUUUAAAACAGCUUGUUUUAGGCACAUAUUUCCUGACAGAAAACCCAUGGACUGUUUUCCCCACCCAUGUUUGGAGUGUUUAUAGAUGCAGUACCGACCCACACGGUAGCACAAAUAGAUGCAAAAAAUGAAUUUAGCAUAAUAUGUCCUCUUUAAAACAUGUAUAUCAAAAUUUCAUUACAAUUUUCUGACAGAAUAAAUAAGGAAUUAGCCUUUAUUUAAUCACAAAAAAAACUCAUUUCUAAAGGUUUAAUAGCAUCACUCUCAUUUAUUUUCUACCACACCUAAAUGAAGUUUUGUGCAAACCAAACCAACCAUUUACUAAGGAUAAAAUGAAAAACUUAUUUAUUCAUUCUUUUUAAACUAAGAACCCUUCUUACCACAGGAACAGUCACUGGCUGUUUGGACAUGCCUCCAUAUGUCACCAUAGAUCCCCCAACUCUGAAAAACAGGGCAUUAGCAAAACAUAUGCAGUUAGCUUCGCUGUGCUGCAUAAUAACACUAUGUGCACAAAUAAUAUGAAUUAUUCUUACUGUAGAUGACGGAGAAGUUCUGUUGCACUUUUGCCUCCAACUCCAUUUAGUGCCAGUUUUGGUUUCGGACAUGUCUUUAAAAACAAAAUCUGUAAAUUCACCACUAACAAUGAUCACACCCACCCGCUCCUCUUCACACCCACAGACCUUGAACAGCUCCUUCAUCUCAGGGCGCCUCAAGGCUUCUUCUCUGAUCACAUGACUGGCUCCCAUGACCUUUAGUCUAUCACUGAGUUGUAAGAAAUCUGACCUUUGAAAAAGAAAACGCGACAAGGAAAACAUUCACCAUAGGUGGAAAUGCCUAAAAAGAAGAAAAGCUGCUAACAAAGCAUGUCAAGUGGUUUCUAAUUACUUUUCAAAAAACUGAUUAGGGCUGAAAAUCCCCUAAAUGUCUCAAUAAGAAUUCUAUACUUCCAUGUUCUGCUGAUUAUGUUCACGAAAUAACCAGGAAUACUGAGCUGACCUGUCUCGGAUGACAUUUAUAGUGUUUAUUCCUCUUGCAGCAGCAAUCUGUAUGACAGCCUGCCCAACUCCGCUGUUGGCUGCGUUCUGGAUCACAGAAUCCCCUAAAUAAAUGGAGGUAAAGGCAAUUGAUGUUCCAACCAAUUUAAAAUCUUAGGAUUUUUUUUUCCACACAUGAGUUCUGUGGAAUUAUGUACCUGGCUUGAGCUCUUCAAAGUCAGAAAGCAUCCUGAAGGCAGUGCAGGGAUUCACUCCUAGAGUGGCAGCAGCGAGCAAGGGAAUAUUAUUUGGUACUGAGAUGACAUCAUCCUCAGCUACGACAGCUUUUGUCCUCCAUGUCCCUGUUCACACCAAGACACAAUACUAGUUUUUUUUUCUCUUUUGUGCUGAGACCUGUUGAGUCAUUUGAGUGUAUUUCAAACAGUUAGUUACCCAAACCGGCAUCUCUAGGGAUGACCCAGUCUCCAGUUUUGAGAUCCCUCACCUGGUUGCCCACUUCUACGACCUGAGCAACACACUCAUUACCCCCAACAGCUGGGAGGUCAGGCAGGAUGGCGUAAGUGCCUCAAACAAACAAAACAUAUUAUAAUGACUGAAUUUGAUCAUAUUUAUCUUCUGUUGUCAAUGUGUGUCACGCCUGGUGUGGAUAAUAAACAACAAACCAAA